AUGGACCAGAGAAUAGUUGAGAUGUUUCAAAGAGUUGAUAAGGAUAGGAGUGGUCAGAUCACCGCCGAAGAACUCCAGGCCGCUCUUAGUAACGGACUAGGCACCCCGUUUGACAUCACGUGUACAUCAUUGAUGAUAUCCAUUUUUGAUCAAGACAACAACGGCACCAUAUCAUGCAAUGAAUUUGGCCAGCUUUUUAACUACAUAACUGCAUGGCAAAAUCUCUUUUACCAACAUGACCGUGAUCGUUCCGGGACUAUCGAUCUCCAGGAAUUUUCUUCCGCUCUCAGCCAUUUCGGUUAUAAUCUUAGUCCUCGUUUCGUAAGCUGGCUAAUGAUGAGGUUCGAUCGUCAGCGUCUAGGAAAAAUCGGAUUUGACAAGUAUAUAUACAUCCUUGUUUGCCUUCAGAUCCUGACAAAAAGCUUCAGUGCGCUUGACAUGCAAAGGCGGGGCGUCGUUACCAUGAGUUUUGAACAAUUUCUCGGGGCAGCGUUUAACAUGUGCGUCUAG